GGCGACGCACAAGCAGUCACUGUCGCUCUGAUGCAGCCUGCUUGGAACUUUCGGUCACAGGUGCUGCUCUAAAGAGUGAUGCGCAGUUAUAAAUUUCAAUAGUUCUACCGCGAAAAAUAAUGACGCCGGCAAACGAUUUCCACGCUUGCUGCGUCGACGAGAUAGCGUUGGAAGGACUGGACGGCAUCACGCUACAAGCGCUAUGGGUCCGCUUGCAGAUGCGUCCGAAUUUCCCAUUGUCUCUGGACAGCAAGUCCAAGGCGUUCAUGUGGCGUUCACUGCUCCCGGACACCCGACUCAGCUUCUACGUUCUCGGCAAGCCCCGUAUAGACCUCGUCGUCUACGACCGGUACAAAAACGUGGAUGCCAACACGGGUUACGUGGUAGAGCCGAAGAACCUACCGCCGGACCCGUACCCCUUUAAGAUGAUCAACAAGAACGGUCUGAUGGGAUCGUGCAGCACGUUUGAAACUCGCGCCAACGUCACCGACGAAAUCCGGCGGAGUUCGCCUACGCUGGACGACGUCGUCUCCCGGUGGGACAAGCGUUUGGUGAUCGUUGCCGACCAGUUCACCCGUAGCAGGGCGCUGCUUGGGCCCCACCACGCGAUGACCGACUUGGACCUGACGGACAUCAAGUACUGCAUGCUAGAGCGCAUCGGCCGCUCGCGUUACUUGGGCCAGACCACGCAGGGGCAGCUGGACAUGCGCGUGUUCAAGCUGACGCACGCCACCAUGUUCAUACUGCGCAAGCAACUGGUCCAGCGCAACCUCAUCACCAAGCAGGAGUUCUGCCUGAAGGUAGAAGGCAGUAACAACCGGUUCGGUUUCCUGCUCCACCUGCCACGCUUCUACGUCGAGGUCAAGACCAAAACGCAAAUAAUGGCCCGCGAGAUGUGCGCCCUGUUGGCCAGCAAACCGAACAGGCGUGAGGUGACCUCCAAGCUUUUGGCCGAGCUAGGACUUACUACCGUGUCGGCCAAGAAGAUCUUCCACGGCGCGGCAUCCAAGUACGUCACACGGCGCACCGUGCCUUACGGCGAGUACUAUCCAGACUCGUCCCGCGAGGAGAGGUACAACAAGAACAACAAACAGCGCAUCGUUCGAUUCUGCGAGCUCGUCAAGCCUUUCGUCGAGGAGGCGGAGGAAGAAGAGGAAGAUCCCGAGGACGACAGCACUAACAAGAGCGUGGGCCUCUUCUUUCACCCGCAGAGGUACGUGUACGACCGGACGAGGUUGAAUCAGGCCCACAAGCGGAUAUACAUGGCUGGCUUGGCUGGAACGACAAUGCGUGAACUGUCAAUAGAUAUGAUGACUACCCGGCUUGAGGCCAGAAACAUCUUGAAAGCGUUGAGGAGGAGACAGCUUAUUGUACCGUACAGAGAGGACAUGGGCAAGCAGCGUGUGCUAAGGUACUUUUGCCCCGAGUUUGCUAAAAAGUCCGAGGUGCACAAAAAGCUUGCAGCUGAAAAGAAGCGCAUGCUGGAGCAGCCAAGGGUCGAGCCAGUGCCUGCCAAGAAGCGCAAGUCCGGUACUCCACCAGCAGAAGUGGUGGAGACUGCAGAAGGUCAGGAAGGAACAAAGCAAGCUACAGAAGCAGUGGAAGCAGCUGAAUUGGCAGCAGCAGCAGGUGCCAGCACAGUAAAUGAGGUGAGGGAAGAAACCGAGAAGAGGGCAGACAGUGCUCCUUCAUGCUCAUCUACCAGCGAUAGCUUGCCCGGCAGCAGCACAGGCUCUCUCCCUUGUGAGCAGCCCACCGUCACAGUAGAAACCAACAGCGAGUGCUUUUUCCGGAAAGUGAGUACGCAGGCUUCCAUAAGUUUCAUGAACGGUGAAGAUGUACCGUGUCGAAAGCCCUUGCAAAGGCUGCUCCCUUCCCACAAGAUGCUUGCGAGGGCAAACAGGAUCAUUGAGUAUGUCCAGGUGGAGAAGGUGCUCUCGGACUUCACUAAGCUGCUCAGAGCCCUGCAGAAGAUUGAAGAGGAAGAAGGCUCGACAAUGAAGCUAGACAAGGUGUCUAUCGAGCGUCUCAUCUCCAAGCUCUGUAGCAGUGGCUAUCUCAAGACCAUCCACACUGUCCUUGAGACUGGGAAAAAUGUGAAGGACAUCAAGCUGAUUUGCAUGCCAUCUAUCACCAAAGACGACGAGAUCGUCAAGGCACACAUUGAGCAGGCGAAGUUCAAGUUCUUCCAGUCUGCACCAAAGGAGCCUAAGAAGCAAGAAGCAAAAGCAGUAACCGAACCCAGUCCCUGUUCCAAGAUGACUUACAACCCUGCCAUGGGGCGCUUUUACGGAGUGCAGCCGAAGUUCCGCAGGAUGCACCUCUGCUAUGCCUUUAUGCAUUAUCUAUUAUACAGCUAUGAAGGUGCUGCCCAGGACCGUUCAUCAGAAGAUCCUUCGAUCCCCACACAGUACCAUCAUGAGAUUGGCUGGAAGAUGUUUGUUCCUCCGCUGUCAAAGAGUCCGAGCACGCCAGAGGGAUGGGUCUUGUUUGCAGAUGUCCUUCUCUCGCUGCCGCUUUCCAUCUUUGUCAAGAUUGCAAGCUCAAUCAGGCAUAAGAUUGAAGGGCUCGAAGAGUACCUUGAUGAUAAGGUCAAGUGUCACUACCUCGUUCGAAAUCUUCCUGUCAAGCUGAGAAAUGCUCUGCUCUUUGCUAGGAGGUACAUCUACUCCAUUCAUGAGACAAUGAAGAGGCUGGCAUUUGUGGGCAUGAUCACUUUUGGCCCUCAGCGGCUUAAGGAGAAAGACCAAGUCUUUCUUUAUGUGCACAGGAACUUGCGCAUCAAGGACACUAAAAUUUCUAACCCAGGUUACCACCAGGUGUCGGCCGAUAUCAAGUAUCCCGUUAAGCAAUUCUUUCUUCGAACUCAGCAAGAGGUCGAGCACUUCUGGCUGGAAGUCGAGAGCACAUGCGUAUGCACUCCUCUUGGAAUGGCACAGUCAAUACUUGGUCAAACCAUUGAGCUUCAGAAUUUGUACAAGAAGCCAGCCAUGAUUGAAGCCUGCAAGAACAGAGAAUUUGGAGAGGAGAAAGAUGAUGGCACGGUGCCUGGCGACCAGCUUGGAGCAGCUGGUUUUGAUUCUGCCCUCUUUGCACAUCUCAAAAGAAACUGGUCUCCUGCCGAGCAGAUUCCUGCAAAGGUGAACACAUCCAUUAAGGAAAACAAAAAACCAAGCCCAAAUGGUGCUAAGCCUUUCCAGAGACUUCUGAGCUAUUUAGACAGAGCAUCUAAGAACACUGGGAGUACGCUUCCACAGAAACACAGCCAUAAAAGGGCUCGGAGUUCAAUUUCUCGCAUGUCAGUCUACUACCCGAAAGAACCAGAUAGCAAACCAUUGGCAGUGCCUGUUGUGAAAGGAGCUACAAAAGUUGUAGAGCACCAGCCUAAGAAAAAAGUUAUGCAGCGAAAGAAGUCUGACAUUACUUUGAGGGUUGUCAAGCCAAGGAAGCUUUGCUCAGCUCGCAAACCUUACUAUGAUGACAAAGACCAAGCUGCUUUGAAGGCUAUGAAGACCAUGCGUGUUUCGUGGUCAUCGCAGGAGGACAUUGUUUUGCUUAUGUGCAAAGUUUGUUCAUGGUUUCUGGACCGUCAUUUGGACAAGAUGGUGGUGCCAUUCACUGUAGUUAGGGACAUCCUCAAUGAGCGCUUUCCCGAACUGAGCAAGGACAAGACCUCUCGAGCUUGUCAGAGGCGAAUGCGAUUCAUGUUACUUAACCCAGCUACCAAGGCUAAUGCUUUGGUCUUCCUCUGCGAAGCACAGCACGACCAAGAGCUCAUGGAAAUGUUCUAUGGUCCAAAGCCAGUGAAAUCAGAUGAAAAACAGUGGGUGACUAUGUUCAGAACUGUCCUCAAUCAUCUGAUGAAAAAGUUCAGCAAGAGCUCAGAAGAGAGGCACAGGGAGGUCACCCUUCCCACUAGUAUUGGUGAGCUGAAGAACCGCUACGAGGUUGUUGUGCCGGGCCACGCCGAAGUGGACAGCUGGUCUUUUGCCGAGCCUCAAAAUCUUGUAGACAUACACUUCAGCUCUGUUGCAAUGGUGAUCCUGGCCUCAAUCGCAGCUGACGACGGCAAGAGUAACUGGUCCUUGACACUUUACAAGAUUUAUGAGCAAUACCCGGACAAUCUCAUUCGCUCUGUGACCGCUCGACUGAGGCACAACGGCAUCAUCUGUAAAAAGCACCCAAACACCAAAAAACUGUACAUCUCUCUCAACCUCUCCAUGCUGCCAUUCACGCUGUCUAACAAGUUCAAGUUUGAAAUGGCACGGCGCUACACACCAGAGCACAUAGCUUCAAUGGGGAAACUUAUGCUCGAACUUUUGGCCAAGCGCCAAAGUGGUGAGUCAUAUACAUUUGAAGAUGAUAUUGAGCCAGCGUAUGCACCUCUGCUUUUCACACUGUUGCUGUCAAAGAAGCUCGGUUACUCUAUGGAGGUACCUGAGGCAAUAGUUGAUUUUGACUCCAGCAUGACUCAUGGGAAAGUGCCCCUGCUAAAUGAAGAACUCGGAGAAGAUGAAGACAAUGACUCCCAGGGGGAAGACAUCUUUGAGAACAGCGACACACUGGCCACCAAGGCGAAAAGCCUCAACUUCGCGACAUCUGGCGGCAAUGUCAAAACAUCUCGUUCAUUCCUUUACAUGCUCAAGCAUAACAUGAAAAAAGUGCUUCGGUUCAAUACUCUGCGCCCUCAGGACUAUGCAAUUGUGAAAUCGUGCAAGGUAGACUUCUUUCUCACCAGUGAGGACCUCGUCCCUGGCUGGACCCUUGAGGAGCCCACAGACAAGUCUUAUGCUCUGAAAGUUCGUAACCCUUUGUAUGACAAGAUUGUGCAAGAACAACGUGUCUGCUAUAGCUUGGAUACAGCGAACCACUGCUGGACAGCAGAAAGUAUCACAGAUGCCUACAGACAGGCGGCAAAAUCUCUGGAAGAGGCCCAGAUUGGAGCUGAAAUUUACUCUGUCAUUCUGAAGAAAGAACAACUUGGCAUCACCUAUGCUCAGCUCUACGACACCUUCUGUUCAACCAUGAGAAGUGUCACCCUGGAAUCUCACCUUGAUUUCUUGGUUGAGAGAGAAAUGAUAUUGCGUGUCGGAGUGACAUGCCUUCGAUUUGUUGCACUUCAGCACAGCAAACCUUGGGUGAUCCGCUCUUUCAAGAUCCCCAAAGAAAUGCGUGCCUACACCUCGGCUCUGGGAGAACAAGAGCAUGCGCUGAAAGUGAAAAUGAGAAAGGUAACAACGAGUGAAACUGCCAGUUUAUUGAGCAGUGAAGUGAAAAAGGCUGCUGAAAGUGGUGUGGACGGCAGAGCAACUGCUGCAGCAAAUCCACAAGACUUCACAAGUCCUGAACCUUCGACAUCAUAUGCUUCAGAGAGUGCCGGCCAAGGAUGCAGCGAGGAUCCCAGUACUAGUCGCGACGAUCGACACGAAAUCGAAUCAAGGAAUGCAGGCUGUCGUCGGGCGAGGGACAGCAACAGCAGCUGCCUGAAGCGAACCUAUUAUGAGGCGAUAACCAAGAAUAUCAAUGUGGAUGCAUUCGAAAAGAUAAUGUACGUUCCGAGAAUCUGGCGAAAGCCUGACGGAACCCUGAACCGUCCUGCAUUUCUGCAGCUCUUGUCGGCGAUUCUGUCCUACAUAUUGGACCAUCCUGGUGUGAGAGAAGAGGACUUCAAAUCCAAGUUCUCCCGUAAGAUGGAGCCGUGCGUGCAGAUGCUGGAACUGCUGCGGAUUCUCGAGAGCUUGGGUUGCAUCAAGCGAUUUUUCAUGAGGCCAGACACUACAACCAGGUGCAGCCUUUUCUCCAAGCGGCGCCAAGUGAUCACCAGUGACACGUACUGUACAGGCGAUGUUGUCUGCUAUACGGGAACACUUGAUGCGCUUGUGAACUUUGCGGCUUUUGCGGUAUAUUUCCAGAAAUAGCUGAAUAUGACAGUGCGUGCUCGACGCGCCCCACUGUGUCAGUGUAACAUAGGAUUGUCUCGACGAAACGUACGAAUUCUUUUCUAGAUUACCUGAAAGGUGCCUUUGUCUCCUGUACAAACACAAUAAAAUAAUCAGCGUGAAUUGCCUGGUGCGAUUAUAAUUGGCUAUGCAAGUGGCUUAACAAUGGCUGGAGAGCACUCUGUCACCUAUGUUAAAACUCACUAAGUGCCUGAAUGUGCGGGCAUGCUUGCUAGAUAUAUUUAAAGGGAGAUGCGAUUUGA